AUGGCUCAGGCUUCUUUUAUUUGCCUUCUCCUCAGUUUUUUCAUCAUAAUCCUUUCUAAUGCAGCUGAUAUAAACAUAGACUGUGGAUCAUCAAGCUCGCACGUUGAUGCUGACAACAGAACGUGGGUGGGAGACACGGAAUUUGUAACCACCGGUUUGACGUCCACAUUUAAACCAAUAGUCACAACCGCUGAAUCUCUAACCACGCUCCGGUAUUUUCCUACGGGGGAGACAAACUGUUACUCCAACAUUCCGGUCGAUAAAGGUAGGAAAGUAUUAGUUCGGACGAGAUUCAACUAUGGGAACUACGACGGAGAGAACAAGGCUCCCAAGUUUGAUGUCCUGUACGAUGGGAAGCAUCGAGAUUCGGUCGUCACGGUGACGUCGAUCAGCGGUACACGAUCAGAGGCUAUAUUUGUUCCUGAGAGCGGGAAUACUAGUGUAUGCUUUUUCCGUAUGUUUUUGAACGAAAACCCUUUUGUGUCUACCAUUGAAGUACGGAGGCUGGACGACUCCAUGUACACCGAUCUUGGUGCUAAGGAAGGUUUCAUCCUCCAGCAACGAACCGCCUACGGUAGGGUACAGGAUUUAGUAAGGUCCCCGUUUGAUCCUUACGAUAGAAUUUGGGCGCCAACACCACUUUCGACCGUAACUCUAACAAGUGCUGCCACUUCUAUCAACACUUCAGGGGCUGACAAUCGACCACCUGAGAUUGUCCUUCGGACCGCUUGGUCUCGGGAGGACAUGGCUUUCUAUGAUAUAAAACUACCUUUUUCGGGAGUAACAUUUUACAUUGUCCUUUACUUCUCGGAACCACUGACCCUUGCUUCCGACCAAAAGCGGACUUUCUACGUUAACUACGAUAACAAACAAGUGGGUCCAGGUGUAAUUGCGCCACCUUUCGGGGCAGUGACUCAAGCUUCUCUGAGGGCUGUCGUGACGACAAGUCUUCCCUAUCUAACAUUUAAAGCUAAACCAGACUCGACUUUGGACCCACUCAUCAAUGCUCUCGAGCUUUAUGUUAUUAGCAAUAGUGCUGGAAACGGGACAAAUUCAACUAGCAGCGGCAGUGGAGGUAGUCCUAGCACUGGUGGUGGUGGCGGCGGCAGUCAUAGCACUGGCGAUGGUGGUGGAAGCCCUACCACUGGCGGUGGUGGGGAAAGCCCUAGCACUGGCGGUGAUGGUGGCAGCUCAGGCUCCGGUGGUGGUGGAGGCAAAUCCGGUACUUGUUCUUUUCAUAAUCGUAUAUGCUAUACUAAUACGGUACACACCAGAAAAAAAUACGAAUCUGUAAAACUUAUUAAUUGAUUACAAUUAUCAAAAAAUUUCAUUUAGUAAAUGAGAUAUUCACGUAAAGAAAAAAAUUUAAUAUAGACGGGAAAAACAAUUGUCACGUAAAUAAGUAUGUUAACUGAAAUAAAUAAUGAUUUCAACACAUGAGAUUCAAAUCAUUUUUUAUUGGAACAAUAGUGCUGGUUCAAGUCUAAUUUGUGAUAAAUGUAUGUGAAGAUUCUUCAGGGGAGAAAAGCGGCAACUUAGUUGUGUCUCUUAGUAUUUCAAUUCCGUCGUUAGCUGUUCUUGGAACUGGUGGUUGGUUCGCAUAUAAAUUUUUCUUCAAAGCCAAGCGCAGUCCCGAAUCAGAAAGUAUAUAGCACCCUCUCUUUUUUUUUUCUUUAGUACAAAUAAACUCAUUUACUCAAUAUUUUUUUUUUUCUGGAACACAAACUCAUUUACUCAAUAAUAUACAAUUUUUGAAUUAUAUACACUGGUUUAUAAUUUUUGUUGACAUAAAUCGACGUGCGUGAUGUUUUGUUGCAGGGCCACUUACCACCACCAUCAAUCAUCAUCAUUAUGGGAGUGAACAGACGGUCAUCGCACCGAAUGCAGACACCGUA